AUUGGUUGGGUGUGCUUUUGUCUAGAUUCGAAUUCGAGUAUUGACAACAGAAAAUGUGUCUUAAUUUAUUUCUGUUUUUCCUCCCAUCUGUCCCUGUGGGGAGGUGGAGGGAGGGAGGAAGGGAGGGGGCGAGGGCUGCGCGCGCAGCUCCGGUCCGGGGUCUGGACGUCGGGGGAGCCGCAAUGAGGAGAUAAACAGCGGCCGUGUCUGUGCAUCGCGAAGCGCCACGGGUCUCAUUCAUUGACGACCGAGUCACCGAGGGACGGCGGCGGCGGCCUCGGGAGGAGCUGCCGGCGACGCGCUCGUCGGCUUCAGAGGGCUGCCUAGAAGAAUAAUGGAUGAGACCCGUUUGUAGCGCCUGAUGAACAUUUCGACCGACUGUUGAAGCUGAAUUAUGGAGGGCAGCGACGACGCGUCCAGAGCCGCGACGCGGCCGCAGACCAAUGGCUGCGGCGCCGAGGCGGGAGCUAAAGAAGUCAGCCGUAAAGUGGAUGAAGGAGCGCCACCGCCCGCUCCCGCCAACUCCUGCGACAGCGGCGCGACAGGCCUGAGCAAAGGAGGCCUCUCUAACCCGGCGGAGCCUGCGGCGGUGACCCCCGAAUCUCCCGGGGGCGUGUCGCUCAAAGUCGCCACCACUGUGCUGCACCCGGUGUGCCUGGGCGAGAGCCCGCUGAUGCUGCCCAUCCACCUCCAGAUGGCCGGGGCGGCAGGGCCCCAGCUCGGCCAGAUGGGGGCGGCGCCGUACCUGAUCACGAGCCAGAGCCCCGUUUCGCUUCCGCUGGUCCUGGAUCAGCAGGUCAUCCAGCACAUGAGUCCCUCCGUCCUCCCCCAGACCGCCAACUGUCCCCAGCUGUGCCAGAACCCCUUGGCAUUCGGUCUACCUCCGGCUGUGGACCAGAAGUCCGCGGGACAGGCGCAGGACGCCAACCUGCUCUCUCUCCUCCAAAACCCAGCGUUCGCGGCCAUCCUGCAGGACCUCUUCCCUUCCCAGGCCGCCUCGUCGGCCUGUCAGUCACCAGGCUCCGCCUUCUUCCCCCUCCCUCCUCUCACGCCCCCCUAUACCUCCCCCUUGGCCCCUCUAGUCCCCCCUGCCACGCUCCUAGUCCCCUACCCCGUCAUCAUCCCCCUGCCAGUGCCUCUGCCCAUCCCUCUUCCCAUCCCCGUCCCUGUCCCCGUCCCCGUCCCUCAGACCGAGGACUCGAAGGGGAACAUGCCAAAACCUGUUUGCACUGUGAGUCAAAGCACUCAGACUUCUCCAAAAGACACUACCUCUCCCUCAUUGUCUUCGAGCAGAUGCACUAUGCCUCCAACGCAGCCCCAACACGCGUCCCCCUCCUCCCUCCCCCCAGACGAAGGACAGGCGUUAGAUCUCUCCGUCAGGGCGUGUCCGGUCGAACCGAAACAGGAAUACCCCGUCCUGCAGCAGGACAGCGUGCUUGACCUGUCGGUGCCCGGCGCAAGGAAAAAGUGUGUUCAGUCCCGCGGCUCCGGCGGCUCAGCGGGACGAGACAGAGAGUCAGCCUUCCAGUCCCGUCAGGACUCAGCUGCUACUGCGUUGUCUCUGGGUGUCGAAUGCACUCAGAGUUUAGAUUCCAAGCUCCUGGGCAGUCUGGCCUCGCUGGAGUUCAGCCGGCAGCACAAGUGGGUGGUUGACAGCAGCUCCGGUGGCCCCGGCCCCGCGGGGCAGGAGGCGUCGCUCAGUGGGGCCGGAAACCUGGAGAUCGUCAGCACCUCGCAGACGGCCAAGGUCAUUGUUUCCGUAAAAGAUGCCAUCCCCGCCAUCCUGUGCGGCAAGAUAAAGGGUCUCUCGGGGGUCUCCACCAAGAACUUCUCCAUCAAGCGGGACGGCAGCCAGGGCGCGUCCCUGCAGCAGCUCUACGGAAUGCCGUCAGCAUCCCAGGCAGAGCCGCACGACCCCAAUGACCCGCUGAAGAAGGCACCGAAAGGCCGGGCCAUCAAGCUGAAGAAGGUCAGCUCGCAGGAGAUCCACUUCCUCCCCAUCAAGAAGCAGAGACUGGCAGCGCUGCUCCCGAGGAAGUGAGAGCGGCCCCGGCGGAGGGGGAUUAAUCCCUCCGGGGGG